ACAAAAAAGAAAAAGAAAAAGAAAAAAAGAUAAUUUGUAUAUUUGUUUUUGUUUUACCAGGAAAGAAAAAACACACAUGGGGAACAACAACAACAACGGCCGGUCCUUCUUCAGCUUCUUCUUCUUCCUUUCGUUUUUUGUCUGAGAACCAAAAUCCAUCACUACCCAUCAAAAAGCUUCUCUCUCUUUGAUUUGUUAUUCUUGCUCUGCAUCUUGUGCUUGCUCUGCAUCUUGUGCUUGCUAUUAUCUUAUAAAGAAACAAUUUUGCAAGGAAGAAAUUGUUACCAUCAAUAUCUUAUUCGAUUAAGUAAUUGAAGAAUAGUUCAGACAAAGUUGAAGAAGGAGAUCUUUGUCUAUCUUUGAAUCUAUGGAACAACUCAUCAGCUUUAUUAUUCGGCCACCCAGAGCUGAAUACGAUCCACAAAAUGAUUUAUUAGAUCAAGAGUUCAUGCUGAAAGGGAAAUGGUUUCAGAGGAAAGAUCUUGAGAUUAAAAACAGUCGGGGAGAUGAUCUUCAGUGUAGUCAUUACAUGCCUAUUGUUAGUCCUGAAGGAAAGCCUCUGCCCUGUGUGAUAUACUGCCAUGGGAACAGUGGGUGCAGGGCCGAUGCUAGUGAGGCUGCUAUAAUUUUGUUGCCCUCAAACAUUACAGUUUUCACUCUUGAUUUCUCUGGAUCUGGACUGUCUGGAGGAGAGCACGUCACCCUGGGGUGGAACGAAAAGGACGAUCUAAGGGCUGUGGUUGAUUAUUUGAGGGCAGAUGGAAAUGUCUCUUUGAUAGGCUUGUGGGGACGUUCGAUGGGCGCUGUUACUAGCCUAAUGUAUGGAGCUGAGGAUCCUUCAAUUGCUGGAAUGGUUCUUGAUAGUCCCUUCUCUGAUUUGGUUGACUUGAUGAUGGAACUGGUGGAUACCUACAAAAUACGUCUACCCAAGUUCACCGUGAAACUCGCAAUUCAAUACAUGCGAAGAGCUAUCCAGAAAAAGGCAAAGUUUGACAUAACGGAACUGAACACCAUUAAGGUGGCAAAGUCUAGCUUCGUUCCAGUUUUAGUAGGACAUGCCAUUGAUGAUGAUUUCAUACGCCCCCAUCACUCAGAUCGUAUAUUUGAAGUUUAUAUGGGGGACAAAAACAUUAUCAAAUUUGAGGGAGAUCAUAAUUCUCCACGCCCUCAAUUCUACUUUGAUUCUAUAAAUAUAUUUUUCCACAAUGUUUUGCAACCUCCAGAGGAUGAAGUGGGGGGAGUGUUUUUUGAUUCUAUGGAUGAUUACAUCGGUAAGGGUAGUUGGAGAAAUGUGCGAGAAGCUUACAAGCAUGAAUCUUCGCUUGCAUCAAAAGAACCAGCAACAAGCAGCACAUCAGAUUCCAUUAAACUACUCCGACCUAAAAGACCUAUGAGCAGGACAGAGGUUCCUUCUAGUUUCCCGUCUAAAGAUGAUCAAUCUGAUGAUACGGAUUUAACGAAUGAUGACGAUCAGAGCUCAACAUCUUCUAAAAUGAUUAGCUUUGAAUUAUCAAAUGGCCAUCCUAUUGGCCCCCAUGUUCCAACUACUUCGGAUGAUGAUCAGUAUGUAGAAUAUCCGCUUGAUGACUUUACAGGUUUUCCAUGCAAUGUGGAGGAGGAAGAAAGGAUGUUCAUGGAAGCAGUGAUUGAAUCAUUAAAAGACUUGGAAAUGAGACGUCCCGAAGCAGGAGAACCGCCUAGUGUUAGCUCUAGUUCUGUAAAACCUGUUCAUAAAGAUGACCAGGAGGCUUCUCCUACAGAGCGUUGUGAGCCCUUAAAGGCAGAAUCCACUUCCACUUCAGUUGAGCAUUGUGAACCUUCAAAAGCAGAAUCCAACAACACUUCAGUGAUCAAUGCCCAAAAUUUGGCAUCUGAGCAUCCAUCUCCUGAUAUAGGUUUGGGACCUGCAUCUGAUGCUACUUCAUCUUGCAUGGAAACUGCAAGCACAGGGACUUCUGCUCGUAGUGAUACUUCAGCAAGCAUACAGAGCUCCACAGAUGCUGACAUGUCAGCCAGUACAAUAGCCACAUUAACUGUUGAACGGAACCCAGCGAGCCAUAUUAUGGAUGGUUUGAUGCGUCGUUGGGAUCUCAACUUUUUCCGAAACAGUCACAAUCGAUGAGAUGAAAAGAUGCUCAUUUGAAUGGACAUUCUGAUGGUGUAGUAUUGUCUUGUACCUAAGCAUUAGGGAUUGUAUUUUGUAAAUUGUUUCCAAGAAAAGAAAAAUGAGAAAAGGAAAGACAGAGAAAGGGGAGAAAAAAGUUGUGAAUGUGUGUAAGAAGGCUAGUAUAUUUCCUUCUGAUUUGACUACAAGGCUCUACAUUGACUACUGAAAAACAGAAAUGAAAUUAUUGUUUGUUACUUCAA